UUACAAGAAAUGGAAAGGGGGGAGGAAAGGCGACCGCGCAGCCAGCAAAGGGUAGCCAUUACCGCCAUUGAAUUGGGAGCAAGGAACGACGAACCGAUGCAGCAGCAGGACGGCCUCUCUUCUUCCUCCUCCUCCUCCUCCUCCUCCUACUCCAUGAUGCAGUGCAGGAUCUGCCACGAGGAGGAGGACGAGAGCUCCGCGGCAAUGGAGUCUCCCUGCGCGUGCUCCGGCUCUCUCAAGUACGCGCACAGGGGAUGCGUGCAGAGGUGGUGCGACGAGAAGGGGAGCACCCUCUGCGAGAUUUGCCUUCAGGGUUUCGAGCCAGGCUACACAGUCCCUCCCAAGAAAGCCCCGGUGGUCGAGACGCUGGUUACUGUCAGCGAGGAUGAGGAUGAUGAUGAGGAGGAGGAGGAGCUGCACGGGCAGCUGGGCAUGCACUACGCGGCGUCCGACACGCCGAUGGACGGCCCGGAUCCCGCCGCUUGCUCGUGGUGCCGGCCAUUGGCGAUAACGUUCACCAUCAUCCUGCUGGUGUGGCAUCUCAUCGCCGUGGUGACCAUCGAGGCCGCGGAGCACUGCGCGUUCAGCCUCCUCACGAUGUACCUUCUUCGGGCCACGGGGAUCUUGCUGCCGCUCUACGCCGUCAUGAGAGUGGUCCGAAUGAUCCAGCACGGGCGGCGCCAGUACCAGUUGCAACAGCUGCUGGAGGAGCAAAGAAGAAGGAAUGCAUCCAGGCGUAGCCAGGAGGAGCAGCAACAGCUUGUAAUUAGUAUUCGCUGAGUAGUGCACAUACUGUAUUGCAGGGGGCACAGUCGACCAAUUAAUCAUAUGUAAAUUAUUCACAUAAAUAAAUAUUUAUAUAGUAAAGUUGAAGAUUA